AUGACUCCUAACAAUACGACUGCCAUCCUUGAUAGCAGUCAUACAAGGUGGCCCUUUUUAUCAAGUCAGGACAUACCUUCUUUUGUUCAAACACCUUAUCUGAUAUCCUCUACACAACAAAAGAGAAAAAAAGCUAAAGAAGUAACGUCAGUGGGUGGAUCAACUGCUAUUGCACGCACGCUUAUGAUGCAAGGGUUGUAUUUGUUCUAUCGUACACCCAUCAAGUUGUUUCGUCCAUUGCGUGUUGAUUAUCUCAUUAUGGCAAGAGCAUUGAUGCCCAUGGAUAGUACAACUACCAAACGAUUUUCUUUUCGAUAUACGUCAAUUGGUAUGAUUACCCAUGCAGUCAAAACAAAAGGUUGGAGUUUUAUACCUCGUCAUAUUCUACCUCCUCUAGUGGGUAACACAUUGAUUGGCACCGUACUCUAUACAACCUAUAUUGCAGCUCUUCCUAUCUUUCAUCCUCCCAGUGCCUAUCAACUGCAUCGUCCUUUUCCACCUCCUCCUUUUGCUUCUGUCUUUAUGUCAGGCUGCUUGGCAGGAGCAGCGCAAUCUGUGAUUGCCACGCCUUUAGACUCACUUAAAGUACGUUUGGAAGUAAGCGAUUUGUUAGAAGGCAAACAUCGAUCCAUGUAUCAGUUUGCCAAGUCUACGCUGAAAGAAUUAGGUAUUGCCAGUGCUUAUCGAGGAUUUACCUUGACCAUGAUUCGAGAUUCGUUAGCCUGUGGAUUGUUUUUCGCGACUUUUGAAUGGAUGAAGCAGCAAGGUUAUUAUUACUUUUUAGAUGAAAUGUAUGGACUUCAGAUUGACUCAAGUACAUUGAAUGAAAUUGAAAAAGGAUGGUUUGAAGUGCAUAACAUGAGUAAAGAAGAUAGACACCAAAUCACUUGCACUUCAGGUAAAAAAGCAGAAAGGCCGCCUUUAAUGCUUGAACCUCUUUUCGUUAUCUUAGCAGGUGCUUUUGCAGCCAUUUCCUACCAAGCCAUUGAACAUCCUCUGUCCAGAAUUCAUAGUAUUUUUUAUGUUGAAGAAGGCCAAUCUGAAUUUGCCAACAAAUCAAAGCGAGAGCCUGUCAAAGACCUGUACAGGCGUACAUUUGAACAAUGCAAAGCGCAAGUAAAACUCAAUGGAGGUAGUUGGAGGCGAUUUCUUUAUCAAGAAUUUACUAGUACAGUGAUACGCGUUGUGCCUGCCACAAGUGUAGGUUUUCUUGUGUUUGAAUUAGUGAAGCGAGAAGUAGAUUUCAGAAGUAUUGAAUUUUAA